UUACACUAUGUUCUAUUUAUGAACAUAAUACAUUGCAAAAGUUUUGAAUUACUUUGAGCGAUUCUUUAUAAAUUAAGAGAGAAGAAUAUCAUAUCUGAGUGAAUAUAGUUUUUCAAACUUUAACAACGUAAAAGUUCUUACUUGAAAUUAGUCUGACGACAAUCUAAAUGAAUAUUUUGUACGCAAUUCAAUACUUCACUUAUUAUUUAAGGUGAUGCGUUACAUGAAGCUCUCAACGUCGGAUGGCGUGUUGAUGUGUGUAAAGUCUUUGCAGCUUUAUAAGACAUUUUUUGUUUUGUAUUUUUCAGAAUAACAAUCAGAUAUUCAACAGAAAACUUGUUAUUUUAAUUACUGAUGGUGCUCCGAAUGGUCUUUUUACGACAUUAAAUGGUGCAGACCCUUGGGUCAUAUCGGAUGAGUUCAUAAAACAAAAUAUAACAUUGGUUGUUGUUGGUGUUGGAGAAGGUAUUAAUGAAUGUGAUGAUUUUUAUUGUGCAUUAGCUCAGAAAACAGGUGGUCAAUACAUUCCAUUAGUUAAUGCUUCACGGAUUCUUCAAAGUAUUAUUAAAUGCGUUGUUAGUGAUGAAUUAACAUUUCAUCAAAGUUUUGCUUAUUUUAUGAUGGAAGAAAUUGAAAAAAAUUCAUCGUUUAAAUAUUCAUACAUGAAAUGUAGAGUUAAUGGUAUGAUCAAUGAAUGUCAAACAAUGAAUGAUAUUCGACAAUUAUUUUUCAAUCAUCGUUCAUCUAUUUAUUAA